AUGCAGUUCUUCAGCGUCUUCCUGCUGCUCUUGGGUGUGUCCCUGGGUUUGGCCGCUCCUUCAGAGCUCCAAGAAGUGAAACUGGAGCGCGGGGGCUGUCCCAUGUUCUGGUACAGCUAUAACGGUCGCUGUUACAAGUACGUGGCCACUCAUACGAACUGGGCUGAUGCAGAGCUGCAAUGUGUGUCCCAGGGCGCCAACCUGGUGUCCAUCCACAGCGUGGAAGAGAACAACUUUGUGAAGAAUUUGAUCAAAAAUUUUGAUCACAAACAGGGAGAAACUUGGAUUGGACUCAGUGACAUCCACAAGGAACAAUACUGGAUGUGGUCUGAUGGUUGGCCACUGCGUUUUCAGUUGUGGAAUAGCGGAGAGCCUAACAAUGUUGCUGGAAAUGAACACUGUGUGGUGAUCAACUGGUCUGCAGAAAAAAACUGGAAUGAUUUCCGUUGCUCAGAAAAUGCUCCGUCUGUUUGUGCAACACGUAAACCUGUGUGUUAA